AGACGUGUGUACUUUUCGCUGUUUUGCUUUUAAUUUCAAAGUGCGAUAAAGUAUAUUCAGACAAUGGCUUAUUGGAGAAAUACGAGGAGAAAAGUUUAACAAGUGAAGUUGUUGAUCUUUUAAACGGAACUUAUUUCAAUUUAAACGAUAAAGUAUGUCAGCUACAAAGGAGGGUCGAUGCUGUUGAAAGAAUGAUAGAUUCCGACUAUCAGUGUCAUUGUAACGAAACUGAAAUUAUUGAAUUCAAACGAUCGAUGUCCAACGAACUUGGAGUCUUCUCGAAAAUCUUGUCUGGGUUUGAAAAUGAAAUUCGAAUUUUAACAAAAGAGCAGACAGAGUUACGGGAGCUGUUGAGAGGAGCAGACAGCCACGCCAGUACAACCACAAACACACCAGAACUUGUCUGUGACGAUGGCUGGAUCAUGUCACCAGGGGGAAAGUGUUACUAUGUUUCUACCUCUCAGGAGAAAACGGAGUGGGCUACAGCCAUUGACCGUUGUACUGCCAUGGGAGCCGAUCUGGUAGAGUUCCGCACGAAUGGGGAAGCCUGGUUCAUGAUGCGAAAUUUGCCGGCACGUGUUUCAACCACUGACUACGUAUAUACAGGACGUAAGAGGAAUGAUGAAGGCGCAUGGGUUUUUCUUAGUAAUGACGAGAGAGUCGAUAUAUCUGUGAGGUCAUGGGGUGACGGAGAGCCAGAUGGAGGGACUCAGGAGUGCGGGUGUACCAAAGAGGACGAUAACUUCCUAAUGUGGGACUGUUUCUGUACAGGAUAUGACCUCUUCUACAUCUGCGAAACUUUGCCCAGUAGAGCACGUACGACUACCGCCACCACUACUACAGUGACUCCCCGAGUCUGUGACGAUGGCUGGAUCACAUCUCCGGAAAAGUGUUACUAUGUCUCUACUGAUUCCGAGCAAACAGAGUGGGCUACAGCAAUAACUCGAUGUAAUGCCAAGGGAGCAAACCUUGUCGAAAUUAAGUCGGAUGAAGAAGCUCGAUUUAUAAUGAGAACUCUGCCGUAUGCAAGCUCAGACAUAGUAUACACUGGACGAAAGAGGAAUAAUGAGAACGAUUGGAUUUUUCUCAGUAAUGACGAGAGGGUUGAUACGUCUGUCAGGUCAUGGGCUAGCGGAGAACCCGAUGGAGGGUCACAGACUUGUGGAUGUGUUACAAAGUCAGACAAUUUCGAUAUGCAUGAUUGUGUCUGUAUCGGAUAUGACCUGUACUAUAUCUGCGAAAUUAUGCGUUAGUCAACUGUCACUGUGAAGGUGACAAGAAAAGAAAAAGAUGACUGUUGGAACAAAAACUUUUCAGUCAAGACAGCCAGUGUGUGUUUUUUUUUUGUUUUUUUUUUUGUUUUUUGUUUUUUGUUGUUUUUUUUUUUUGGGGGGGGGGGGGGGGGGGGGGGGGGUCAUUUCAGUUAAAUCUUUAAAAAAGAACUAGUACAAUGAUAGUCCUAAAUCAUUAUAUUUGUAAUGCCAAUACGAUGGAUAUUAUGUUCCGUGUAUAGCGGAACUUAUAUAAAUCAAGCAUGCAUGGGACAAAUAUUUUGAGGGUUCCGUUUGGAGAAGUGGUCCAGUUUGACCAGUCAAGACCCGGUUGUUAUUGAUAGAAUGGCUGUUUUUUUUUUAAGCAGUGUUAAAAUACUAAGGCAGAAAUAAAGAAUUUAUAGAAUGAAAAAUCUAUGCAGGAUAAUUUGUAUGUAAUUAAAAUUCCGAAAAGGAAUUAUCUAAAACUAGUCUAUCAGCUACGAAAUAAAAUAAAUAAUGCGA